AUGGGGGCCUCCUGUGAUAAGGCGUCGCUCCUCUCGGGGCUGCUCGUGUUCAUGCUGUUUGCCGUCUCUUCUCACUGCCAGGAGGAAUUUUCUGGAUACCACUCAGGUGAGGAACACACCUAUGAAGAGUCUUCCGCAGUUGACCACUAUGACAACUUAGCUGCUCCUCAGCCAGAAUAUCCACCAGAGCCGACUCAUAGCUAUGAUGUGGACCAGAUAUUCGAGGAGGAGGAUUAUGACACUUAUGGCCCAAUCCCCACCCAAAUCACCAUGAUCACUGAGGACACCUUUCCCUACAUCACCACCACUGAGUCCCACUAUGCCAAAGAGGACACUGAGAUCGUGCAGGUGCCAUAUGAGCCUGACACUGGCUCCUCAGAAGAGUCAGGGGGCGAUGCAGAGCUUGGGCAGGUGGGGCCAACAGAGUGUGACUGUGAGCCCGGAGAGCCUGGAUUUGCUGGCUUCACAGGACCGAAGGGAUCCAGAGGCCUGCAGGGUAAAACCGGUAAACCAGGGUCUCAAGGGAGAGAGGGCUAUAAAGGGACCAAAGGUGUUCAGGGAGGGAGAGGAGAUACUGGACCAGUGGGUGACCCUGGUCCUGAGGGAGAUGAAGGAGCUUCUGGUUUUUUUGGAGCCACAGGAGAAACUGGACUUCCAGGAGAGCCAGGUGAGCCUGGAGAUGUGGGUCUAAAGGGUGACAUGGGAUUGGAGGGACCCCGUGGAGGAGUCGGACCUCCUGGUGAGACUGGUCGUCGUGGUGAUGCUGGGCCUGCUGGAGGAAGAGGGACUAAAGGUAUCAAGGGCGCUCCUGGUGACAAAGGCAGACAAGGUCCUCAGGGAAGAGACGGACCAAAGGGUCAAACAGGAGCCCCUGGGUUUCCAGGUGAUGUUGGCGAGAGAGGCUACACUGGUUAUCCUGGACAGCAAGGCCCAAUCGGAAAGAGCGGUCCGAAGGGGACUAAAGGUUACAGUGGCUUGCCAGGACGAGGUGGUGACCCUGGAGAAGAUGGUCCUAUAGGAGUCCCAGGGUUUAUGGGAGAACCGGGGCCAUUUGGUGCCAAGGGGAGUAAAGGCGAUGGUGGCAUCAGAGGACCUCGAGGCAGAGUGGGUGCUGGGGGAGCCCAAGGAGAACAAGGAGAUGCUGGAAUACCAGGAAAACCAGGAGCAAAGGGCCUCCAAGGCCCAAAAGGGCCCAAAGGUGAGACGGGACCUGAUGGGGAGAAGGGUGCAGCAGGGAAGAAGGGCACGAAAGGCGAGAAAGGACAGAAGGGAAGCGUAGGAGACCGUGGAGACAGAGGACAGCGUGGGCCUAAGGGAGCUGUUGGUCCCAUUGGGGCUCCAGGCCCGGUUGGACCUCCUGGCAUCCCAGGGGUCAGAGGACAACGUGGUCCAGCCGGGGACCCAGGUCUUAAGGGUCGAGCUGGACCUAAAGGAGUGCAAGGUCCAUCUGGUCCUGGGCUUACUGAUGAGCAGGUCUUGCAGCUCUGCAGAGGUGUUGUUACAGCUCAGAUCUCUCAGUAUGCUUCCUCCAUCAGAGCCAAGUGCUCUCAGGGCUGUCCCAUCAACAACCGGACACUCAUUGGGCCCCCAGGAGCUCAAGGGCCACCAGGGCCACCAGGCAAAGCUGGUAAAGUAGGAAAACCCGGAGCAAAAGGAGCCAGAGGUGUUCAAGGUGACAGAGGACUGGAGGGACAAAAGGGAACACCCGGCGACAGAGGUCGAAAGGGACCCAAAGGCGUUGUAGGAGAUCCGGGUAUAGGGCUGCCAGGACUCAACGGACCACAGGGACUCAGAGGUUCACCAGGUAACCCGGCAGAACCAAAAGAUGGCAUGGAGGGUCUCCGUGGGGCUCGUGGCUUCUCUGGUCCCGUGGGUCCACCCGGCAUGGUUGGAUUUGCAGGUGUACCGGGAUUUUGCGAGGCACGAGACUGCAGCAUUUAUGCACCAGUGAUGCGCAAAGAGCAGGGUCUGGUGAAAGGGCCAGUGAGUUAA